AUGGCAAUCGAUAACGUUGUCUCUGAGCUCCGUACUUCCUUUGAGUCUGGUAAGACUCGGCCAAUUGCGUGGCGUAAGGAACAAUUGCGGGGUCUAUGGAGUUUGGUCAUUGAUAACCGCGAUCGAUUUGCGGAAGCUAUUCACAAGGACGUCGCUAAACCUAAGGUCCAGGUCGAGGUUCUGGAAGUUUUGUGUGUUGCUAAUGAAAUCAUCCACUUCUUGCACAACCUAGAUGACUGGCUGAAGGAUGAGCCCGUGAGCACUUUGCCACCAUUUGAGAACUGGUCGCCAAUCAUUCGGAGACAACCAAAGGGCCUUUGCCUUAUUCUAGGAACAUGGAAUUACCCAUUAACAUUGACUCUCCUACCCUUCAUUGGUGUAAUAGCAGCAGGAAACACUGGAAUCUUGCGCCCUAGUGAAUUUGCACCUAAUACUGCUGAUCUUCUGUCGGAACUGUUUCCUAAAUACUUAGAUAGCAGCUGCUUUCAAUGCGUGACUGGUGGAAAGGAGGCAGCUCAAAGUCUGCUGAAACAUUCGUUCGGUCAUAUUCUUUUUACUGGAGGUCAAACAGUUGGCAAGGCCGUUAUGCAAAGCGCCGCGACGACUUUGAGCCCUCUCACACUCGAAUUGGGAGGACGAAACGCUGUCAUCGUUUCAGAUAAGGCCAAUGUUCACCUAGCUGCCAAGCGAACGCUUUGGUCGAAGGCAGCAAGUGCUGGUCAAACUUGCUUUGCGCCCAAUGUUGCUAUUGUACAUGAGGCCGUUUAUGACCAGUUCCUGGAAAGUCUCAAGCAGGUGCAUUAUGACUUCUAUAAGGGGUCCCCGAGCAUAGAUAAUGUUGGUCGUAUUGUCAACACUGCUCAAUUCAGUCGUGUUCAGUCUCUGCUUUCAUCGACCAAAGGAAAGAUUGUUUUGGGUGGAAAACUGGAUGCGGAUAGUCUAUAUGCUGAGCCAACUGUCGUUGUGGACUUGGAACCAGAGGAUUCCCUUUUGACCAGCGAAGUUUUUGGUCCAAUUCUACCAGUUGUCCGUGCUACGGACAUCGAACAUGCCAUUUCUCUUGCCAAGUCGCUUGCACCCGAGUCCCUUGGACUGUACGUCUUCUCAGAAGACCCCGAAGAAGCAAACACCAUCGCCAACAGUGUUCCGAAUGGAUCUACUGCAAUCAAUGACGUUAUGGCUCAAAUUGCUCCAACAAGUCUACCAUUUGGCGGCUUCGGUGCCAGUGGCUUUGGAUCCUACCGCGGCAAAGCCAGUAUCGAUACAUUUUCACACCAACGAUCCAUUGUCACCGUACCAACAAAUGCGGACUUCGAAGCUAUGCUGGAAUGGCGCUACCCUUAUGCCGACCCAGAUCCAACUGUUGCGUUCAUUAGGGCAAACAUGACUGCUCCGCUUCCAACUGCCUGA